AUGGAAAUUUAAUUACAUUAAUAUUUACAUUAUCAUUAUGAAGUGCAACAAUAAUUCAAAUUAAAAUGUGACUCAUAUUAGUACUUUUAGCCAUCACUGCUAAAGAAGAAUGUGUGUAUUUUUGCUGGAGUUAUAUAGAAAAGAAGUUCCAUCUAAAAAAUGGUAAUUAUUGAUCAAUUAUUUAAUCAAGCUUAUUUUAAAAUUCUUCUUUCAAAGUUUUAAACCUUGAUUCAUCACCAAAGUUAUACAUAAGUUAUGAUUAUUUUGAAACAAAAGAAAAGAUUUUAACAUUGGAUAAAAAAUACCCUAACCUGCUUAAAUAUUAUUUUGUAAUAAAUUAAGGGUAAAAUUUAAUCUUAAAUCACUUUUAGAAUAGCACCCAUUUGAUUGUUCCUAAAAUAAUUAUUUAGACUAGAUCAUACAGUUUUUAAGAAUAGCUUUUAUUAUUAUGGUCUAAAUAAUAAUAAACUUUAUUGAAUACUUGUCAAUAAACUUUGAUUUGCUAAUCAAAUCUUCUGAAAAACUUACUGAUAUAUAAGUGCAUAAAAUUACGAUUUAGAAGGGAGAGUAUAUAUUUUAUCAAAUUCAUUUAGAAAUACUACAUUAUUAGGAGCUAUAUAUUUGGAAUUUAGCAUAAAAAACAUCAAGAAGUCUUAGAUACAAGAGAAAGAGAUGUAAGAAGUAAUUUAUUUUAACAUAAUCUGCAAAGAGCCCAUAAAAUAAUCAUAGAUUUAAAUUAUUAUAAUUUUUCGAGAUUUAAAAAUAUAUUCCUUUUGCUCAUUUCCUUUUUUUGUCUGACAACGUCGAGAUGAUUGCUAAUUAAGAAGUUACAUUGACGUGCACAAGAAUCUUCAUUCAAAUAACUCAUAAACUUGGACUCAUAGUCAACUAUAGGAGGACAAAACAGUAUUUUGCAAUUAGCCACAAUCGUAAAGGUAUCAAAUAUUGGAUUAGAACUAGUUGAAAUGCUGAUUUUCAUGAAAAUAUAUGGCAUGAGAAGAAACAAUAAAGCUAUGGUUCUAGCAGUUUCUUUAAAAUUGCCAUUAGGUAAUAGAUUUCAAGUAACUUUAAUGGAAUUAUCAAUAAGAAUACGAAUAUAGUUUGCUUUGACUUUGGAAACUUGA